GUGAGGUUCGAUUGUGAUCGCAAAAUAAAUACAAAUCGCAGCGGAAAUGAUGAUGCAUCCGCUGGUCUCUGGACUCAUCAUUGCCAUGUGCCUCGGGUCCAGUCUUGGACAGCUGCCGGCCAACGCCUGCUCGCAGUUUUUCGGUUAUCAGAGCUACAAUGGACAAUACAUUGGAUUGGUCACAGUGCGCCACAACCCGCUGGUGAACAAUCACACGCUCUUCCUGGAGUUCUCGCAGCCUGGAUUCUAUAACUGGGAAUACGUGGGCAACGUUAUCCUAGUAACGGACGAAGAGACAAUCAAGAAUAAUCUGCGCCAGGGCUGGCCAAUCCAAUAUCGAGUGGACUUUCCCCUGCCCAGUCAGCCACCCAAGGUCACCAGCAUCAGAGUGGACGAUGUGGAGCUUUGUGGUGGCAAUCAAUAUCCACCACCGCGAACAGCCAUUUCCCUGUCGCACACGGUCACCACUUCGAUAUCGCCACUUUCUACGUUCAACGAGCGCCGCACGAGUAAUUCUUCAAGUGCAGUGCAAGUUUUUGGUUCCCAGCCAUUCCGGCCACAAGUGCGGCCUUCAGUUCGUCCAUCUGUUCGACCCUCUAUGUCAGUACGUCCCGCAGUUGAACCUCAGAGUGGCUUCAACAAUAAUCAAAUAUGGACCAGCGAACAAAGCAGCACACAGCGGCCACCAGUGAAUCCUGGACAGGGCAGGGUCAGCCCGCAGACCAUUACACAGAGUGCACCCAGAACUCCUCCGCAAACUUCAUCCUCCAGCAACAUUGUUUGCGGACGUGAGAGGACCGUGACCACGCCUUUGAUCUUCCAGGGCCAGCGGCUGGAACGCGGACAGCUGCCCUGGCUGGUGGGACUGUUCGAGCGGCGUGAGAGCAACGGCCCCAUCUUCUUCUGUGGUGGCACGCUCAUAUCCGCCUCCACGGUGCUCUCGGCGGCGCACUGUUUCCGAUUUCCUGGCCGCGAUCUGCCAGCCAGUCGCACGGCCAUCUCACUGGGACGCAGUAGCCUGGACAUCCUCACGGAUGGAGAGUUCCGAGGUGUCUCCGAGCUGCUCAUCCACGAGAACUACCAGUUCAAGCAGUACACGGAGGCGGAUCUGGCACUGGCCAGGCUGGAUGAGCCCGUCACGUUCAGCGACUACAUCGUGCCCAUUUGUCUGUGGAGCACGAGGAACCGCAUGGAUCUGCCACAGGGAGUCCGCUCGUAUGUGGCCGGCUGGGGAGCCGAUGGAGAGGGCAACGCCAACACGGACGUGGCCAAGGUGACUGAUCUCAGCAUUAUUUCCGACUCGAACUGCACCCUGGAGCUGCCCCAUGUGCUUGUCCAGCCGAGUACCCUGUGCGCCAAGAAGGUGGGCGCCGGCCCCUGUGGCAGUGAUGGCGGCGGCCCUCUGAUGCUGCGCGAAGGCGAUGUCUGGCUGCUGCGCGGCGUCAUCUCUGGCGGCAGGAUCAAUGCCAAGGAGAACACCUGCGACCUGUCCAAGCCCUCCGUCUUCACGGACGUGGCCAAGCACAUUGACUGGGUGCGCCGGAACAUGUGGACCUGAACGUCAAAUAACUGAAAUUCAAGCCGUUAAUUAUUACUCUUUUCUGCCAUUUGUGAAUGCAGUGACAACAGACAAAUUGUUGGAAGAUCCAAGCCUAA